GCACGCCCCCACCGACCGUGGCGAGAAGAGUGCGAAUCGGACGGAGGAGAACCGACCGGAGAUGGCCACGUCCGCCUCGCCCUCCGCCGUCACGGAGUUGCUCCGGGCGGCGCUCCACCGGGUCGGCCAGGCGGCGGAGAGGUGCGGCCGCGGCUCGAGCCGCGUCCGGGUGGUGGCCGUGAGCAAGACGAAGCCCGUCGCCCUCAUCCGCCAGCUCUACGACGCCGGCCACCGCUGCUUCGGCGAGAACUACGUCCAGGAGAUCGUCGACAAGGCCCCUCAGCUUCCGGAGGACAUCGAGUGGCAUUUCAUUGGGAAUUUGCAGAGUAAUAAAGUGAAGCCUCUUCUCGCUGGUGUUCCUAAUCUUGCAGUUUUAGAGAGUGUAGAUGAUGAGAAGAUUGCCAAUCGCCUUGAUAGUGUUGUGGCAAGUGCUGGAAGAAAUCCAUUGAAAGUCUUUAUCCAAGUGAAUACCAGUGGAGAAGAAUCAAAAUCUGGCGUCGAGCCCUCAGGCUGUGUGGAGCUUGCAAAACAUGUGAGCCAGAGCUGCUCAAACCUGGAGUUUUGUGGUCUAAUGACAAUUGGGAACCUGGAUUAUACAUCAACGCCAGAGAACUUUAAGACAUUAGCAAACUGCAGAAGCGAAGUGUGCAAGGCACUUGAAAUACCAGAAGAAAAAUGUGAGCUGUCCAUGGGAAUGUCUGGUGAUUUCGAACAAGCUGUUGAAAUGGGAAGCACAAAUGUAAGGAUUGGAUCCAUCAUAUUUGGUCCAAGGGAAUAUCCUAAGAAAUCAUCAAAUUAGUG